AUGGCUCAGAAGGGCUUCUCCAGGCCAACUGAGCACGGUGCAUAUCACGUUGAGCAGGAUGCAUAUAAUGUUGACGGCGGUUCAUAUCACGUUGAACACGGUGCAUAUAAUGCUGAUGGCGGUGCAUAUCACGUUGAGCAGGAUGCAUAUAAUGUUGACGGCGGUUCAUAUCACGUUGAACACGGUGCAUAUAAUGCUGAUGGCGGUGCAUGUCACGUUGAGCACGGUGGAUAUAACGCGGCACGGUGGAUAUAA